AUGUCAACAAGCCCGUCUGUGAUUGGCUGCCUGCUCUUGUCUCAGUGUCGCAGCCUAUCGGCGUUGCUCGUGUAUUACAGUGUGGAAGACAAACCUGAGAUAACAGCUGCACUGGAGGAAGAAAGAAGCAGCAGGAGGAAAGAAAAAAACAAAACAAAAAACAACUCACGUCGAGGUGAGGCCUGUCGUUUCACAUCAUUUGACGGUGGCCUAGCAGUCACGAGAAAGCUGUUGGAGAGAUCUAGACAGGCUGGUUUGGGUAGAUUCACGAAAACCAGUGGAACCAAAUAUCGUCAAGAGAUGUGGGAUGGGGAAAAAGGACAGAACGAGGAGGAUGAAAAGUCAUCUACCCUCUGGCCUCCACUGGCAUUUCAGGAAAACCAUCCCAGGGGAAGUACUGGCCAGAGAAAAAUGCAGGACAUGUCGGUGGUAAUUCCCGACACAGGAAAUGAAGAGGAGGAAGAGGAGGAGGAGGAAGAAGAUAUUGAUGAUUUGCAUGACCCAAAUGAAGUACAGCAUCUGUUAACCAUGCAAACUGGGCAGUGUCCACUUGGGGUUGAGUCCGUGCAAAGUAAACAACUUUUGGUUUGUGGCAGUACGGGUAAUGACAGCCAAAAUGAGUCGUCUUCAAUUCCAGGGCAAGAACCAUUAGUUGAUCUUGAUCCUGAUGAUGACAUUGAAGGUGAUCCUCACGGGGAAUCAUAUCCAUGUCAGCACUGCGAGCGCCACUUUUCCACCAGGCAGGGUCUGGAGCGUCACAUACACAUUCAUGCUAUUACGAACCAGCAAACACAAAUGUUCAAGUGCCGGUACUGCAAUAAAUCCUUUGGUUCACAGGUGGGGCGGCGGCGGCAUGAGAGAAGGCACGAUGGUGGGCCUAAGAAAAGGCCUGGUUUCCUGGGUGGAAGUGUCAGUCUUCAAAAUCCCUUGGUGCAGAAUGAUGGUUCAAGUCCUGACUGCACCAGCCCAACUAGUCACUACAUAGCCAUAGGAACCCAGUUACCUGGUGGACCUCUGCAGAAUUCUGACAUGCAGAUAAAAGAGUUGGGUCCCCAUGUUGACCGCCCCUUUAUCGGGGAUGAAAGUGGAGAGUCAAAGGAACUACAUCCUUGCAAGUACUGUAACAAAGCAUUUGGCACACAUACCAACAUGCGCCGGCACCAACGCAGAAUACACGAACGGCACUUGUUACCAAAAGGUGUUCGUAGAAAAGGCAUGUUUCUGCAAGAGACCUCAGUGCAACAGCAGCAGCAGCCCGGCGAAUCUCCUAGUACUAGCCCACCUCUUGUCUAUGUGCCAAGUGCAGACACGGAAGACGAAGCAGACGGGGAUGAUUACGUUGUUGAUAUAUCAAAAAACAUAUCUGAGAACUUGAGCUUUUACAUUGAUGGAAAGAUUCUGUCUACUAGUUCAGUCAGCAGCUGUGAUGUUAUUGAGGUGGAUUCCAGGUCUGCAGCUCUGUUUGGUCUUGACACGGUCAUAAUCAGUCCAAAUCAGAUCAGCCAAACACUCAAGAUGGAUAGCAGAACUAGUGGUACAAAAUCGGUCUGCAGUGUCGGCCAGUCGGCAGCAAAAAGGAGAACGUUGACUCCCCCACUUGUUUCCAACCUUAAAUUGGAGACAGAAUCGACACCUUUCUCUGCCUCUUUGACUUCAUCACCAUCUUCCUCAUCAAAUGUAUUAGUGGGAGGACUAUUCCAGCAAGCCACAGAUACAUCAGCAUUUCAGCGUGAGAAAACUGUCUAUCUCUCGCCUAAGCUCAAACAGUUGCUUCAGACACAAGACAUUCAGAAAUCAACCAUUACCCUGAUAACAGAAAGCCAUAGACUGGCCUCCCCAUUGUCAGUCACAUCACUGCAAGGAGUUUCAGGUAGGUUUAAGAGAAGAACAGCUUCGCCACAGUCUUCUCCCCAGCUUAGUCCUGUGUGUAAAGCAGAUGCUUGUAAAGCUGAAGCAGGGACCUCAAACACUUUUAAGGUGUCAAAGCUGGAAAGUUACAGCAUGUCACCUCCUGGCAGCCUACUGGAUAAAGAUGAUAGUGAUGUGCAGAAUCUUUCUGGGAGUAAUGUGUACAGGAGACUGUCCUCAAGUAGUGGAGGAAAUGCCUGUAAUCAACAACCCUUAGACCUGUCUAACUCUGUUUUAAGGAGUAGUGACAGCACAAAUAAAACACUUGGGGAUUCAGCUCUUGAUUUAAGCUUGCAACGGAAAAGCUUUGGGGAGCCAGAAUUAAAGGGAAACCCAGCACCACAGCUGCUGAUAAAAAAGCGAAAGCCUAACACCAGUAUGCUUGAAAAGGUUCUGAUGAAUGAGUAUGCAGGAUUAACCUCACCAGGAGAGGAAGGCUCCUCGGCCUUGGCAAGCUUAGGUUUUCAUUCUCGCUCUUCUAGCAUGAUGUCAGAGUCUACGCAUCCCUCUCCGCCAUCUUUGACUCCUGUCACCAUGAAUCCCUGUUCACCAGGUAACUCUAGCUUGACAUCUCCAACGCCGCCACCGCCUGUACUCCCUACCAUACCCUCUCCACCACCUACGCCUCGCUCUCCCCUUUCUCAGCCUUCAGACUCUUCAGCACUCAGACCUCUUCCUGUUCUCUCACCUAAAAUGUCUCCAAGAGCCAGUAGACAUAGUCCCCAUUUGGACUCGAAAGACAUUUUUGAUGAACAAUUUGGCAGUGCAGAGAACAAUGUAGCCACGCCGUUACAUCCGAUGAACACUCCACUUAAAGAUACUCAAGUACCCACUGCAGCGCCGAGUCCCUCUGAGCCCGCAUCGGUCGAUCUGCACACACAAAAUGACGUUCCUUGUGCUGUGCCUUGCAGCAGUCAGCCAAGUGGCAAACUCAACCGAGAUGCUGACUCUGAGGAAUCUGUUUGCCCUGACCUGGCUGUUUCGUCUCACUUAGAAUCACCGUCUUUGUCGUCAUCAGCCUCUCCCAUAUCCCAUGAUCCAGCCCCACCUGUUUUGUCAUCCUUCCUUCACACUGCAAUAAAAGAAGAGCCUCAUGACUUCACGGAUGAGUUUUCACUUAGCAGUCACACACCCGAGGCUGGUGUUGACUCUUCUCAGCCUGUUGCUGCUGACAAACCCUGUGAGGUGUCAGAAGUUGAUUCACUGUACUGCAAGUCCUUUGUUUGUAAUGUCUGCGAAAAGCCGUUUGACUCCAUCAAAGAACUCAGUGGACACAUAAUGGAGCAUGCGGUGGAUUGGCCCUUCAAGUGUGAGUUUUGUGUGCAGCUGUUUGGUGACACGCCAGCCUUGCUGGCUCACCGAACUACGCUCCACGGAGUGGGCAAGAUUUUUGUAUGCUCAAUCUGUUCCAAGGAGUUUGCUUUUCUUAUUAACCUGCAGCAGCACCAAAAAGAUCUGCAUCCAAAAGUGAAGUGCACACAUACAACUGUAGAGAACGGUAAACUUAGACCACAGAACUACACCGAUCCAUCGAGAGCCAAAGAGGAAAGCAGUCCUGCAACAUUGGUACCAGACAGCUCUGAAACUAAGGCGCACAAUAUUUCUGAUUUAAUAAAGAUGGAGCGUGAUGUUAAUGGCAAUCAUACAGAGGACGGGCCAGAAGACCCAAAUGAGGAGCUGUACACUACAAUAAGGAUCAUGGCUUCAGAAGGAGGAAAGCCUAAAGUGCCCAAUGUCCGCCUGGGCAUUAAUCAACACUAUCCCAGUUAUAAACCACCUCCUUUUCCUUAUCAUAACCGAUCCCAUGCUGGCUCAGUGGCCUCAGCUACCAACUUCACCACCCACAACAUACCACAGACUUUCAGCACCGCUAUUCGUUGCACUAAGUGUGGUGACAGCUUUGACAACCUGCCUGAGCUGCACAAGCACAUCCUGGCCUGUGCCAGUGCGAGUGACAAAAAACGUUACACUCCCAAGAAAAACCCCAUCCCCCUCAAGCAAAUAGUGAAGUGUCAGAACGGAGUUGUGUCCCCCUCUUCACCCAGUGAAGGCCAGAAUGCUUUCCGUAGAAUGGGUCAGCCAAAGAGACUAAAUUUUAAUCAAGAUUUACCUGGUAAAAUGAAACUGAGUGCCCUUAAGAAGAAAAACCAGCUGGUCCAAAAAGCAAUUUCACAGAAAAAUAAAAUGGCCAGUGUGACCAGAAAAGCUGCUGUUAAAGAUGAGAUUGUGCAGGAGCUUAACGUGUGCCCCCACUGUAGUCGGGAGUUCACCUAUCCUGCAAGUCUGAAUAAACACAUCUCAGUCAGCUGUCCCAUGAAACCUGUUGUCAAAAAGGGCAAAAAAGGUACAGCAGAGGUGAAGAAAGAGGCAGGGUCUGCGGUAGAUAAAAACAUGAAUCUUAAGAAGAAAGCUUCGGAUUGUGAAAUGCAGCAGACAGAAUCUGAACCAGUUAAACCCACUGCAAAGUCCAGAGCCCGCAGCAUUGGUGCAACAGACCCUGAGCCGUUGCAGACGAGCAAAAGUAAAACUAAUUCACCGGGCCGACUAAAGAGGCCUGCCUCAUUCCCACCACAAAUUCCCUUUAGCAAAAAAAGUAAAAAGGGCCAAGUUCAGUCUCUACCUCUUAAGCCAUCAUCCUUGAACCCCGCCGGUGACACAAUGCAACAUCCAGCUGUGAAAAAAGAGGCUAUGCCCAAGAGAUUAGCAGAAACCAAGUCACCACCGCAACAGCUGAAGAAAGAUGAUCGGGUCUCCCUUCGGGCACGGGAGAGAGCAGGUGGUCCAGUCACCAGAAGUCUCCAGAUGGCCAGUGCAAUUCCUCUUGCUGAGGUCGAAACUGAGGAGCCAUCCAUCCCAGAACCUCAAGAAAGUCAGGAGGCGCUGAUGAAAUGAACCAUUUAGACAUUUUGAACUCUUGCUGGCGAUACGGUGUUCAGCUCUCAGGCAAAGCUCUGGACUAAUCAAGGCACUGACAGCUCUAAGGUUGUCUGCUGUGGUGGGUUUAUUCACUCAAGCCAAGUGAAGUCUGCUUAUCUGACCCACCUUUGAGAUUUAAGCAUGGAAAUCUGUAUCUUCAUCUAUCCUACGAACUGAACUGAGCCUCGACUUUAGCCAGCCAUGCAAAAAAACAAAAAAUAAAAACAAACUGUAAAUGACAAUGAGUUAAUAUAUUAAAUGUGUCAUUACUUGACCCAAAACAGUAACAUGUAGGGCUCCGUUGUAUUGAAAAGCUGAUAUUUUGCAAAUGGCAAUCAAGUAUCAGUUCAGUCUUUGUUUCACUUCUGUAUUGUCCACAUUUUAGAUUUUUGGAUGCUCCAGAAUCCCUCAAAGCAUGCGUUAUUAGAGUAUAACUUAUCUUAUGCCAAUUUCCACAUCUGUUCCAACUGGCACCUGCUGUUUAUCCAUUCAUUUGAAAAUAUGUAUUUGAUUUAAAGCUCUGUAGUUGUCACAUUGUAGAACAUAUGUUUUGUGUAUAUUUUUGUGUGGGGAAACAAAAAUGAAAACGGCAGCACUAUACUGCAUAAAUCGGUCCUCAGGAACACUUUGGUAAGUACGGUUAUAAUUGGAUGUGUGGAUGUUAUUAUUUCUACUCACUUUCUCCUGUUUUUGUGUGAUGUUAGAACAGGGAAUUCAAGUUGUAAUAAGACUGGAAUUACUAUGUUUUCUCUUUUUUAUUUUAAAUGUCUUUUUGGGUUCAGCCUGUCUUUCCCCAUAGUGCUUUGUGUUUUCAGUGCUUUCAAGCUUUCAUGAUUACAUCACGGUGAUUGGUGUAACGGACCACAGUUUUGUUCAUGGUCCGUACGGAUCACCCCCACAGUUUAGCAAGCAUAUAAACAAUGGAUUAAUUGCAAUGUUUAAAUAAUAAUGUGAAAUACAGACUUAUUGCCACGGUGACUUGUUGAAAAAUAAUAAUUCCAUAGAUCUUGAUGCGAAGUUGCAGUGAAGUCAAAGCAGUUGUGCGUUCAUGUGAACAGAGCAGGGUAAAAGCAGCCAUCCACUGCUGCCAUGCGCUCCACUUGAGGCAGGCUCAGUGCACAUUGUGGUCCAAACAUGGAAAAAAUUACUGAAAUAUCAGGGGUUGAGGACGGAAUGUGUUUGCAGCGCCUUUUCUGUGGCAUCCUGAGCCAAGAGCACGUGGGGCAGUGGUGGCUGGGAGCCCACUGCCCUCUGGAGGAAAGAAAAGAAUUACUUCUCUUGACUAUUACUUAGUGGUAGAGAUGAAGUGUGGCGAGUUGCGUCUUGUACUGAGUUAGAAGGUGUUGCAUUUUAAAAUAUCUAAACAUUAGACACCUUGUUUGCAUUAAAGACCAUAGGCAAAAGUUCUUAGUUUACCUUGUUCAAGUUCUUUGAUUAGAUAUAAAGCAAAGUUGUCUGGCUUUUUCUUUUUUCUCUUUAUUUUUUUGCGCAUCAUUGGGAAAAUCUGAGUAUUGUGAUCGAUUGCACCCCUAGUAAAUGUUGUCAUGGAAUGGAAUGCGUAUAGGUCUGCUGUUUGCACAAAUUAUAAUGGCGUAAACAUUCAUCUGUCAGCCAAGCUCCAUACUGGUUGUCUCUGCUGAGCAGUGGGGCACAUGAAACGAUAUUUAGGCCAAAAUUCUUGAAAACCAAAAUCCUGGACACAAAAUUUGAAUGCAGUACUGUGAUUUCAUGGUUUUUUUUAUGUGGACUUGUGAAAAAAAUUGUCAUUUCUUUUCAAGAUCCAUGUCACAUUAAGAUUCAUGUCACAUUUAUCUAACAGAUUUUUUUUUUUUUUUUUUUUAGUACAGUCAUCUCCGUUUUCAUAUGUUAAACGACAGUGUGUAGUUUUCCUUUUUUUCCAGGGGUGGGAGGGUGUUUUUUGUUUGUUUGUUUUUUAAAGAACACUCAUCUCUGUUUUCAUAUGUUAAUACAGUGUGUAGAUCCCUGCAAAAAAAAAAAAAAAUGCUCUUAUUUUUAGAUGCUCUUCAUCUGGCUCUUCAAAGGUGACCAUGUCCAGUUGUGCCACACACAGGCAGUACUUAAAUUCUUGUAGCAUGUACCGGGGAAAAGGAAUUGAGUGAUUUAAAUUAAUUUAUAUUUACAUGAGAAAUCUUCAUGUUUUGCCUUUCUGCAUAAAUAUUAUGUAUUUAAGGAUGAACAAAGAUAAAAAAAAAAAUCUUAAUGACCUCAAGUAAAACGUUGCUGUAAUUGACAUAAUAAAAGUUUUUCAAUUUUG